GCGACGCUUGAGGAGCGGGUGUGGAGGGCAAGGCUUUUCACGUAGGAGUUACGGGAUUGAACUGCGAGCGUGGUCCUGGGGCCCAUCUCGUCAAGAGUAUUCAACGGGCCUUGGCGCGUCAAGGACAAUGCGAUGCCCAACCAUCCGCAGAUUUUCAUCCAUCCAUCCCGGCCGAAGCGUCCAUCGAAUCAUCCAUCCGACUCGCCCAUCGUGAUCAGCAUCCGCGGCCUCUAUGAGAUGGAUGGAUGUGAUAAACGGUCACUACAUGGAGCUUUCGUCGGAAUGGGCAUUGGGGCAUCAUCGGCAUGCCACGCGGUUGCGCGUUCGAGAUGAGCUACGGAAACAGAUGGAUAUGGGAAGGAGCAAGGACUUUUCGUGCACCAAAUUAUCGCACAAUGAAGAUGUCCCAGUCCAGCGGAGUAGGAGUUCAAGACACGGCCGUUGAGGCCUUCCAGGACCUCAAGCUGAAGAAGAAGUACCGCUUCAUCAUCUUCAAAAUCAACGAUACCAACACAGAAAUCGGUGUGGAGAAGACGGUAGAGACCGGAGACUACGACUCCUUUGUUGGUUCCCUUCCCCCAGACCAAUGCCGGUACUGCGUGUACGACUUCCAAUACGACACCGCCGGAGAGGGUACCAGGAACAAGAUCCUCUUUUACGUGUGGUCCCCUGACACGUCUAAGAUCAAACAAAAAAUGCUUUACGCCGCAUCUAAGGAUGCCUUGAGGAAGAAGCUGGACGGUAUUUACACCGAGAUCCAGUGCACCGACUUGUCUGAAGUCAGCUACGAAACCGUUUUGGACAAGGUCACCCGUAUGACCAGCUAAAUUCUCGUCACGCCCUCGCGAAUCCCAACCUCUGAUGGAUAGCUAUCUCCGUACUUUUACGCUAUUGCAAUAUAUCUGAAUUGUAUACCAAAAUAUGGAUUUCCUCCCGC